GGAGUAUUGCUUACUUAACUCUUGCUGAGCGUAAGGUGAUGGGCUCAAUGCAGCGUCGCCUUGGACCUAACCAAGUGGGGAGCUACGGGCUUCUCCAACCUUUAUCCGACGGCCUGAAGCUAUUAGUAAAAGAAUCUGUAUUACCGAGCCAGGCCAACAAGGGGCUAUUCUAUUUGGCACCCUUCAUCACCUUGACCCUUAGCUUGUUGGGUUGGGUACCAAUCCCAUUUGCAAAGGCAUCUCCCCUUGCCGAUAUGAGCCUUGGACUCCUUUACCUUAUGGCCCUAUCCUCUUUAGGAGUCUAUGGAGUCCUGCUAGCCGGUUGGUCUGCUAACUCAAAAUACGCUUUCAUAGGUUCCUUAAGAUCCACUGCUCAGCUUGUUAGCUAUGAGCUACCAUUUGCCUUGCUGAUAUUAAUAGUAGUGAUUAUUCCCGGGAGUCUAUCCUUAUCUCACAUCAUCGAGGCUCAGGAACCGGUGUGGUACCUUGUGCCACUAUUACCUAUCUGGGUAUUAUGGGUAAUGGUUGUUGUUGCAGAAACGAAUAGAGCGCCAUUUGAUCUCCCUGAGUCUGAGUCAGAAUUGGUCGCGGGAUUUUUCACAGAGCAUUCGGCUCUACCCUUCGCCUACUUUUUCCUUGCGGAAUACGGUUCCAUGAUACUGAUAUCUGUCUUAAGUUCUAUUCUUUUCUUAGGAGGUUACCUUCUUCCUGGUGACAUUUCCACUUCCCCUGUGUUAGAAUCUUUGGUCCUAGGUGUCAAGAGUUGUUUCUUAUUGUUCCUUUUAAUUUGGAUCCGCGCAUCAUUCCCACGGGUUCGGUUCGAUCAGCUCAUGUAUCUCUGCUGGGCUGGCUUAAUACCUAUUCUUUUUGGUUUAGUUGUUCUUGUCCCUUCUAUUUUAGGAAAGUAUCUCUUAGAGAGACUUUUUAAUCGCACUAGUCCAGAGAAUAACACGACACCACAAGGCCCUUAUACACUUGAGCAGUUCCUUGAGAUGGUGACAGAGCCUGGGGCCACAUCUAUUCAGCUUUGGAGCAAACAUAAGCGAUACGCACUGACCGGGCCCAUUAGGGCGGGGGGUUCGGGGAGCUGA